CUUUUUACAUAAUUCUGCAUCUGGUGGCAGCAAACGAUAAACAUUAAAUCAAGGUAUCAAAGGUUAUAAGUGCAUUAACACAUGAUUAACUAUUUCACUAUUAUACACAGUUACAAACGGGAAAUUAUUUUAAAUUGCACAUUAGCUCAACUACGUUUUUAUAGUAAUGUAAUGAACAGCAAUUUAUUACUCACUCAACGCGCUUUGUGCAAUGUUGUGGUUAACGCUGUUAUUGCUUGUAGCGCUGUGUUUGUUUGCUGAUUAUUGCUGGAAACGGGAUGUGAACGCGAAAUGGUCGCAAGUGCCGGGUCCCUUAAGUUUACCCAUUAUCGGUUGUAUUUGGAUUUACACGCAAGUCCAACCUGAUGAACUGCUUGCGCUUAGUCGUUACAUACGAAAUCGUUUUGGACGCGUCACACGCUUCUGGAUGUUGUACAUACACGGCAUGUUUGUAAGCGAUCUGCGCUAUUUACAAGCGUUAUUGAGCCACUCCACCGAGAUACGCAAGAAUCGUAUGUAUAGUUUACUCACUGAUUGGUUAGGUGAUGGAUUACUUGUUAGUUAUGGCGUCAAGUGGUUGAGUCGUCGUCGCGUUAUUACGCCAACAUUUCAUUUUAGAAUACUCGAAGAUUUCGUUAGCAUAUUCGAUCAGCAAGCACAAAUUCUAGUACGCAACUUGACACAGUAUGCAGAUGGCGAACAAGUGGUGAAUAUAGAGAACGCGGUGGCAUUGGCGACCUUGGAUGUAAUCUGUGAAAGUGCGAUGGGUGUGCGUAUCAAUGCGCAAACCGAUGUGAAUUGUGAAUAUGUGCAGUUACUGAAGGAAAUGCAACGCAUCAUAAUCAAACGUUAUAUUACGAUAGCUUACCGGCCGAAAUGGCUUUUCCAACUGUUGGCGCCACGAUUGGCUCAGCGACAUUUUGCUGUGACGACCGCCUUGCAUAGAUUCACGGAGCGUAUUAUUAAAGCACGGCGUAAAGAAAUAUUAAAAAAGCAAACUGAAGUUAAUAGAAGCCAGCAGGAGCAAAAUGGCGACAUCGGCAUCAAGCGUCGACAGGCUUUACUUGAUGUCUUACUCUCUGCCACUAUCGAUGGACAACCACUAACCGAUACUGAUAUACGCGAAGAAGUAGACACCUUCAUGUUUGAGGGUCAUGAUACUAUAAAAAGUGCGUUAUCAUUUACGCUCUAUUGUAUUUCCCGCAAUGCAGACGUACAAUCUAAGCUUUAUGCUGAAAUUGUUGAAGCGGUAGGCACAAAUAUGCAGCAGGCACUUACACAACGUCAACUAAUGCAAUUGAAAUAUACAGAGCAAGUUAUCAAGGAAUCAUUACGCAUGUAUCCCUCUGUACCAUAUAUAGGACGCACUAUUAUGAAAGAUUGUUACAUUGAUGGCAGUUGCAUACCUAAAGGUUCUAGCGUUAUCUUGGCAAUUUAUGAAAUGCAAAACGAUGCCGCCUACUUUCCGCAGCCAGACCGGUUUUUGCCAGAACGUGACGUGAAUGAAAAUCCCUUUGCUUUUGUGCCGUUUAGUGCUGGGCCGCGCAAUUGUAUUGGACAACGUUUUGCAAUGCUUGAAAUGAAAGCGAUUAUUGUUCGCAUUAUACAACAAUUAGAGCUGCUACCAUUAGGCGAUGACGUUGUACCGGCUUUGCGAGUUGUAUUAAUUUCAAAAACGGGUUGGCAAAUGGGUUUUCGUAAGCGUAAUUUAGCCCUUUAAACACAAAGCCAAUAAAGUCAAUAUUUUAUAUAUGGAGGCACUUAUUCACAACACACGUGCAAUACUGGGCUGUAAAUAAAUUGUAGUAAUAAACUAUAGACAAGUUUUAGCUGAUAUUUU